UCGGCGAGACCCCGCUAGUCACCGGGGUGUCUACCACAUGUGCGCUCGGUGUCUGUGUAUAAAUUAUAUACAGGCUGAUCGAAUUACUUAAUCAGCCAUUAAUCUAGAUAAUAUGUGGUUGCGUGGCUUUUGGUGACAAAAGAUACAUUUUACGCAAAUUCGGGAGCAAUCAAUUUAUCAGAAUUUAGGAAUUACCAAGCACUACACAUAUAUGUUCCAGGGAAGUUUUCUUCGGUUUCUUUGAUCCGCCCCCGCUGAUUCUCAGACCCUCGUGUAUGUGCUGAUUGUGCGGCGGUGGUGCUGUAGCUGUGAGUAAGAUUGCCACGUGUUCAGCCUGUUUAGCUCCGCGCGAGAGACGGGAUCUCAGUCUGACCAUCAGAAGGUAGCAGCCAUGGCGUGGGAGGGGACUCAGCUCGUGUUGUUGGUGGUCUGUCUGGCGGUGGUGUGUAGUAAUGACACCGGCUCAGACAAUGUCGGACCUAUGGUCACAGACAAGGUGUACUUUGACAUCAAGAUGGGGGAUGAGGAGAUAGGGCGCAUGGUGAUUGGUCUGUUCGGUGAUGUGGUUCCAAAGACGGUCCUCAACUUUAAGACCCUGGCCGAGGGCACCGUGGUACGUGAUGGAAAGAGAUUAACUUACGAAGGAGUGCGUUUUCAUCGAAUUAUAAGAGAUUUCAUUGUACAAGGAGGGGACAUAACACAGGGAAAUGGAUAUGGAGGCAGAAGUAUAUUUGAGACAGCGAGGUUCCCGGAUGAGAACUUCCACCUGGACCAUUACGGGGCUGGCUGGGUCAAUAUGGCGCAUCACGGCAAGGACACCAACUCUUCACAGUUCGCCAUAUUCGCUGUCCCUGCCCCCUGGUUAGACGGCAAACACGUGGUGUUCGGCAAAGUCUUAGCUGGAAUGGACAUAUUCCGUAAGAUGGAGAACACUCCCACAGACAGUAACGACCGCCCCCUAACGGAGAUAAUCGUCGCCAGGUGCGGAUCACUCCCUGUAGACAAACCAUUCCGGGUGGAUUUAAAACCCAGCCCAGAGUGAGCGAGGAUUUGUGGAGCCUUAUCAGGACAUGGGUUCCUGGCGAUCAGUAAACGGCGUUAAAGGGAAAGAAGCGGGAUUCAGAAUAUAGUGGGAUCUCAAACAUGAAUGAUACAUUCGACAGCUGUUACGGAAAAAUGUGUCACGUGGAACUUCACCGCUAUAAGUUACAAUUAUUGUUGAUGCCCGCAAUUAACAGGAAAUUCAUUUGAUAAUGUAUUGGUGAUAAUAAUUCAAAAUUUUUUGAAGUAAUAUUUUGUAAAUUUGUUGUUAUCAUUUGAAUUUUUAUGCAAAUGUAUCAUUUGCUGUUAAUUAAACGAGGAAAGUAAC